AUGUCGGCUUCACCUUCAAGUUCGCACGCCACCCAGACCGGUCGCCCUUCGCUAUGGAGCGAAUCGGCCGAGCGCAGAUUGGCUAGGCUUUACGUCUACACAACCUUACCUCUCACCAAGAUUGUCGAAGUCGUGCACAAGGCGACUCCCGGGAACAGAGAAUGCCCAGGGAAGGAUUCCGCCAACAAGAAGCUUAAUUCGAUUCUUGACAAAGAGCCGCGAUGGCUUCACCCACGAACCCGGACAGACAUGGAUCGUCGUAUAAGUGCGCUCGAUAGCUCUCCUACCCGCCAGACCUCGCCCGAGAACGCAUUUUCGCCCAUUUAUCCACGCUCGAUUUCUUCCGGCGCCCGAUCGCAUCUAAGUGUACACCCCGAUUUCAAGUACGAAGGCGGCAACAGUCCAACAGUAAACGACUUUCAACCCUUUUACCAUUCGCGCUCAUCUUCCGCCGGAUGGGGCCCGCCCGUCUCGGGGCCGCUUCCGACCUUGGUCACCACCGAUAUCGCGUCCGUGCUGCCGCCCGAAGCCGGGAUCCGUCGGCAGACCACGACACAGACUCUGCAAGAGGUGCUUUCACAGUAUUCGACUGGCUUCAUUCGCCAAGUUGAUAGGUUGCUAAAGCGAUACACGAUGCCGAGCAACACGAUGAUGAACCAAUCACCCACGGACAAUGACCGCCCUGGCACUGCCAACUCUAACCCAGCAUCUUGGAUUUACGAGUACAAUGCGCCACAGGCAAACUCGGAAACGCAAGCCAGACCCCUCCCCGGAGACUAUCUCAACCUGCCAUAUCACCUCCAGAAACAAGGCUUUUGCGCCGAAGGGUUUCCGGAACAUGAAUCGCGGUCAUGCUUUUGCCACGUUCGAGAUGAGCUCUCGAGCGAGGCUUGGGUCGUCGACUCAGGCCCCUCACCGUACGCCCAACACGUCUUGAAUUACGGCGAGCCUGCGAACAAAGAUUGGAAUGCGCGCGAUCCCUUUGGAAACACUAUACUCCACCUUCUCGCGGCUGGCAACGCCCACCAUGCUCUCCUGUUCAAAGCAAUCGAGUCAUCCCCCAACCCAUCGGCAACAAACAGCGGCGGCCAGACAUUCCUGCAUCUCCUCAACGAUAGUUGGUUUACCCGGCAAGCCCAGCAAGCCGAUUCUCUCUUCCGGCUCAUCGCUCAAUUGAAGCGGUCCGAUUUCGACCUCUAUGCUCGCGAUGUCUAUGGGCGCAAUUUCUGUCACAUCAUACACUCAAAGACAUCGAAUGUUUUGAGCCAAGAGACAAAGAACGCCCUUCUAAACCAGUUCAACCCCAUGGCGUAUUGUUGUCGCGACGCAUUUGGCAACAUCCCCGAAUCCGCUCCCAUCGUCCUGCCGAUUCGAAGAGCUUAUACCGCUGCCGUCGGGCAAGAGAUAUCCCCAACUUGGGAUUCACAAACGUUGCGAAAGGGUUCAUCUCCCAUUGAGGAACAGGCACGACUCCUGAAGCUCGUCAACGAAGCACAUACCAACACCCGAGUGCAAGACACGCAAGGUCGCAAUGGUCUACACUGCCUCGCCGAUGCCAUCCUCAGCCAGGAGUCACUAUUCACCAGGUUUCCCCAACAUCUAGCACAAGCAGCCUCCGUGGAGCAAUCGGGCGGUAGCAGCCGCAAACGCAAGCACAAUCGGCUGAGUAAAUCACUCUUAGACUCGUCCAAGGAGAGGCUCACAGCUAGGGAAAAGGUUGUCAGAGAUCUCAUCGACCUUGGCGUGGACGCAAAUCACUAUGACAGAUACGGCAACACGGUACUGAUGGCUUUCGUAGCCCAGUUGCCUGAAGACGACGACUACAAGAAGCCCGUCAACAUCUUGGAGGCUCUUAUCGAAGCGGGUGCCGAUGUCAACGCGCGCAACAAGAACGGCGAGACCGCGUUGCACAUCGCAGUUCGCAGAGGCAAAAAGCUGGCCAUGCGCACGCUUCAACAGCACAAUGCAAACGUGCAAGCCCGGGAUGUGGAAGGAAGGAGUGUGCUUGAUGUCGCCGACCGAAUGGUGACGUCUUAUAAGCAGAACCCUCACUUCUCACACUACGAGGCUUGUCAUGCUUGGCUCUCGGGGCAGGCCAAGGCAGUCCAAUACCCAACAAUACACCAAGAAUGGGAACUGCGAGACUCGUGA